AUGUGGAUGUCUAUUUAUUCAGCUGUGCUUAUGGUGCUAUCUAUGGGUGUGGCAUUAGUCAUAGGAAUAUUCACUAGAAGGUUCUUUAAGAAGCCACAAGAACCAGAUACAAAAAUAUCUGAAACAGUUUCCGAUAAGAUCAAACCAGCAGAAGGCUUGUUUAAUUCCUUACUAAGUGAAAGUGAAGUUGUAACAAGCAGGGUCUGCACGACUGAAGACCUGGAAAUUACAACAGGAGAGAUAAUGUACUACUUAGUCCAUGGCUCUGUCGAAGUAUUAUACGAUAAUUCCAUGAUUCUGGAAAAAACUGAAGACUAUUUCAUAUAUAACCUGAAUUGGCUAAUAAAUACAAAACAAAAACCCAGGAUAACGUAUAAAAUAUCAAAAAACAGUCAGUUAUAUCAGAUUGAUAAGACAAAUCCAACUGUAAAAUACUUCCUUCUGAAUAGGUUCUUCAGGGGCACCUUAUACACAGUUGUAAAUUACUUGGAGGAAGGUUUCUACUUGGAUAUAACCAGAAUUACAACAGGAAAGCAAACUCACCAGGAAAUCCUACAAGAAGUAAAGAGUAAGAUGGAGAUUAUUAAGAAAGUAGAGGCAUCACAGGAAAUAUCCCUUACAGAGACAUACGAAAUACCACCAAACACACUUAUUUACAUUUUGGAAGGCUCUGGGCGCAUAGAAUACACAGAGUCUGUAAGCCAAACAUACCAAAAGGGUGACUUAAUUGGUUCUUUAGAAAGGAUACUCCCUAUAAAGUGCAGCAGAAUAAUCCAUCCUAACGAGAAAACCCUGGGAAUCAAAAUCAAAUUACAACCGCUCUUAGAUGUGCCAAUAAGUGACUUGGAGAUGGUGGCAGAUGAAAUAUUCAACAGAAGUAAUUCUAUGGAGCACCUGGAAAUAACGGAUGCCAUGAUAAAUUGGCGAAUAAUCCAAGCAGGUGAAAGACUCUCUAGUGAUAUUCCUACGAAAUCAAUUAAAUGCAUAACAAACGGAUAUUUCCUAAAGAAUAGUGAUGUAAAGUACUUUGGGAUUGCGAGUAAGAAUGUUCUCUUUGAAAAGGAAGUGCUUUUAGGGCAGUCUUCUUCGUUUGAAUUAACUGCUGCCAGACUCUCUGAAGUAAUAGAAAUCCCAAAGGAAUAUAUAACCAGAAUCACAUCGAGUUAUCCUGCACUGUCAAAUGCCAUCUACAGAAGGAUAUUGGAGAGAACAGGAGUAGAGACAGAAUUAAAACAGCCAUCAAUUAUAACCUUCAUACCAAACGAUAAAAAAGAGACACAAUUAGAGAUAUUCACGUACUUCUUAGGGAGUGAGAUGGAGAGAAGUGAUUCCUGCAUAAUUCUGUCAUCCUCAGAGUUAAAUAUGAAGCUGAAAUCAAUUCAAACAGUAAAACACACAAUUCCACUUCUAAAUUACAUAAGUGACCUACAAAGAGAGUAUUCCUACAUAUUAAUACCCAUUGUGGAUGCAGUGCACAGUAAAAAGGUGAAAAUCCCAGAAGAAAAGACUGAAGACUUAAAAAGAACAAAAAAUAACGAAGAUAAAAAUUCAGAGGAAAUUGAAGGGAAAGAUAGAAAUCCUGUUGUAAACCAGACUAAAAAACAAAAAAACUCAAAUUCAAAAGUAGAAGAAAAUUCAAAAAAAACUGAAGAAGAAGACCAAGUACUGCAAGAUAUAACACCAAUUGUACUUUCUGAAAUCAUAUUUUAUGUUGUCACAAAUGGAGACCACAGGAGUAUAGACAUAAAAAAGGACAUAUUCUGCAAGAUAGACACUUUAAUACUCCAUAGAGACAACCAAAUGAAAGUAGCAGGUGGCAGGUACUAUGGACAAAGGCAUAAUGUAGAAUUUCCUCUUAUAGAUGUCCCUGUGUCCAUUAUAAAAACAAGAGAAUCAAUUAACUACACAAAUAAAAACUGUAAAUUCAACGCACUAGAAGACACAUGGAUCCCGUACUUCCCACUGAAUGACAUGCACAGGUUCAUAAGAACCUUAAAGGGAACAAAUGUAGGACUUGUCUUAGGGGGAGGUGGUGCCAGGGGAAUAGCCCACAUUGGAAUAAUUGAAGCCCUGGAAGAAGCAAAUAUCCCAAUUGAUGCCGUAGGGGGUACGUCAAUGGGUGCAUUCGUAGGGGCAUUGUAUGCGCAAAGGGCAAAUAACAAAGAAGUAUUUAUACAAGCAAAAAGACUGACAAAUCUACUGGGGAGUGUAUGGAGGGUGAUCGUAGACCUAACGUACCCUAUAUGCUCAAUGUUCACAGGAAAGAGCUUUAAUUGGGCACUCCGGUUGAUCUUCAAGAAUAGAAGGAUUGAAGAUCUAUGGCUACCGUAUUACUGCAUAACAACGGACAUAGCAGACUUUGAAGAGAAGAAGCACACGGAUGGAAUACUUUGGAGAUAUGUCCGGGCAAGUAUGAGUCUAUCUGGGUAUCUGCCACCUUUAUGCGAUAAUGGAUCAUUUUUAUUAGAUGGCGGUUAUAUGAAUAAUGUGCCUGCUGAUGCAAUGCGAUCAAUGGGAAUUCGGAAUAUAAUUGCAGUGGAUGUAGGGAGUGAAGUGGAAACUACAUUUGCAGACUAUGGGGACAGCAUAAAUGGGUUUUAUAUACUGAUGCAGAAGAUAUUCAGUACGAAGAAAUUCCUGUCUCUUACGGAGAUACAGUACAGACUGGCGUAUCUAACGAGUAUGCAUAAAGAGAGAUCACUUAAGUCUGAUGUAACAAUUAAAUAUAUACGGCCUGAUAUGGCAGGAUAUAAGACAAUGAACUUUAGACAGUUUGAUGAAAUUGUUGCACACGGGUACCAGCAUGGAAAGAAAGUCAUUGCAGAGUGGAAAAAUACUGGGGAAUAUUUAGAGCUAACCACCAUGACACGGGCACCCAGAAGGAUAUAG